CACAGGGUGAGCAGCGCAGCGCGCGCCCAGGUCAAGGCGAGUCGCAAUGACUGAGCACCAGAGUGAAGCAGGAAGUCGACAUCACCGCAGCGAGAAUCGCAGUCAGAGCCAGAAUGUCAGCAGCCGCCACCGAAUCCAGUAGCGCACCGCCCAACCGAACUUGAAACAACCAAAGUAACCAAGGUCAGUUGGUUGGUCAUUGACAGCCCUUGUAAACGAAGCAGUGCCUGGCAGUGCCUCUGAAAGGGGAAACGAUAUAUGGUUUUGGUUAAAACUUUGCCGUCUCAGCCGCACCACUGGAAGGACUUGACCUAUCACGGGUAAUAGUUGCAUAUAUGAUCAUAUAUGUAGAACCUGAGUGACCUCUAUUUUGGAUUACCAGCCAGCCAACUUAUGCAAAUAUAUUUUUUUCUAUCAAAGCAGGUGUCAAGUGGGCUGCAGGUACAUGUAUAUGCAUAAUAUACGUGUGCACAAUUUUUGUUAUAAAUCGGGGCUAUAUUGAUUGGCAACAUUCCGAACAUGUGGCACCGCCUUGCGCGGGCUCUAGUAGAAAUGUUUCAUAGGAGUAUGUUGUUUGCCUGACUGCGUGAAGAUGUCUGUCAAAUCCAGAACACCAAAAAAAAUUGUAGAGAACCAUAGGACCUAGGAUUUUUCUUACUGAGGUAAUGGUCUGGAAUUGGCUUGAAUACCGCAUGAAUCUUCAGCACAUAGGACUCCUGUGGAACACAUUCGUCCACGUGGUGAUGUACGCGUACUACGGUUUGAAGGUAUUGAAGAUACCAACGCCGUGGAAGAAUUGGGUGACGCGACUCCAAAUCUUGCAGUUCUUGACCAGUGUAGCCUUUGGCGUUGGGGCCAUGAAGCAUAUGUGGGAGGCACCAUUUGGAAACAAAUGUGCCGGCCAGACGACCAUGUGGGUCAACCUGGCAUUCAACAUCACUCUCCUUUGGCAAUUUGUUGGGGUGCUUUUUUCUCCAGUACGUUCCGCAGGUUUGAAGCAAAGUCCCGCGGACUCACCGAAGAAGGACUGAGAGCAGCCUAAAUUGUGGAGUGUGCCUUGCAUACUCCUGAGCCCCGCAUCACCUUGCAUUUUGACAAUUCGUGACAUUAUGUAUAUGAAAUCUUUGAAACUUCCAGAUUGAGGAGUGCCAUCUAGGACCAC